ACAAUUGACAUGACACACUUCCCAAAAUGAUAUGUUGGUUUAAAAAUUUUGAGAAAAUCUCUUACAGACUUUACAGUUCGACUCAGAACCUUCGAAUAAUAAAUAUUUUCAGGAGCAAUUAUGUCGGUGAAAAGAUUCAGAUUAAGGGAUGGAUAAAAGCCUCGAGGAAGAUGAAGCAACACCUUUUCUUGGAUGUCAAUGAUGGAUCCUGUAGCAAAAAUCUGCAAGUUAUAGCAACCACGGCUAACGCUUCUUCGUUAACUUCGGGUUCCUCUAUAAUCGCUACUGGAGUGUUACAGCACUCGCCCAAGAACGAGUUUGAGCUUAACAGCGAACACAUAGAGCUGUGCGGAGGUUGCAAUAUCCAAGAUGGUUACCCUUUCGCACCUCGUAAAGUAUAUUCAACCGAUUAUGUUCGGCAAUAUUUACACUUCAGACCACGUACUUCUCACUUUUCAUCUUUGUUACGUAUUCGCGAUGCUGCAACGAGGGCUAUACACAACUUCUUUCACAAAGAAGGCUAUUUGCACGUUCAUACACCAAUUCUGACUUCCAACGAUUGUGAAGGAGCAGGAGAAACAUUCGCAGUGGUUCCAAAUAACCAAGAAACCUUACAAAAUAUGGUGAGGUCGCGUCUGUUGCCCGAAGAAACUUACUUCAACUCGAAAACAUUUCUCACCGUCUCCGCCCAAUUACAUCUGGAGGCCGUCGUUCACGGGUUAAGCAAGGUGUAUACAUUAGGCCCCACAUUUAGAGCGGAGAAUUCUAAAUCACGUUUGCACCUUUCAGAAUUCUACAUGUUGGAAGCUGAAUGUGCUUUUAUAAACGGGCUCGACGAUGUUUUAGUGUUCAUUGAAAAAUUAGUCAAGAAUGUCACUACGGAUGUCUUAAACGAAUGUGAAGACGAUCUGAAAAAAUCUAGCGAGGGCGGUGAUAAUUUUGCAUGGCUUGAUAAGAAGUUUGUGGUGUUGACGUAUGAUGGCGCCGCGGCCAUUCUAAAAGACAAAACGAAAUAUCCAGGUGACUUUGUCGAAGGAGCCAGCUUAAAUAAAGACCAUGAAAAGUUCUUAGUUGAGUACUGUGGAGGAAUUCCAACGUUUGUAAUAAAUUGGCCGAAAGACCUUAAACCAUUUUACAUGAAAGAAUGUGUGGAAGACGAGUCACGGGUUGCCGCUUUAGACUUGUUGGUGUCAAAUGUUGGCGAGCUGGUAGGAGGGAGCUUAAGAGAGAAUUGCCGUAACAAACUUGAAGCAAAAUUACCUCGUGAUGGUGUCGAGUUAGACUGGUACUUGGAUUUACGAAAGUUUGGUGGUACACCCAGUGGUGGAUUUGGUUUGGGGUUUGAGAGGUAUUUGCAGUUUAUUUUAGGUAUAAACAACAUUAAAGAUGUUAUUCCAUUUCCUCGUUGGCCUCAUAAUUGUAAAUUGUGAACUUUUUUGUAAUUUCUAGUAUUUUUAUUUAUUAGUAAGAAUGUAAGUUUAAUGUUUUUUUUAUAUCUCACGAUUGUGACUGCCAAUAAAAGUUAUGUUAAAGC